AUGGUCAUUACUAUUUUCCNUGGAGAAGAUAUCAAAGAUAUUCCCACCAGUUAUGUCAUUAAAGGCCUCGAAGAUUAUGAAUUUCCAGUCGUCGGUACGUACGUGGACAGGAGAGUGGUACCGGGUUUCCGCUACCGGGUGCGUCUGAACCACAGCAAGACUCGGCUGUUCGGCGGAGAGGCAUUGACUCUGAAAUCCGUGGGAAUGGGAUAUGGAAAACGUGUAGUGUUCGAAGACAAAAAGCCAUUUUUGAUCGAUAACUACUUCUGGUCCGACACUCAUUCGGACGGUUACGGAUUUUCGUUGGUUGCCGUGGAGGAGGGCGACCGUUUCGACAUCAGACAGACGGACAACGGGGCCAGCCUGGGCACCGUCCAAGUAGUCGACUGUCAAGGGGGACAGCGAGAAAUUCGCAUGAAAAUUAACGAAGACGGUACUGUAGAGAAAACCGUCGAAGUGGAGUUCUGGGUUAACGUCGACUCUUCUCUGUGCAGCGAUUCUUGUUACAGAGUUUUGGGAGAAGUUUUGUUAGUCAAGUCGAAGAAGUGUCCUUCCGCUAAAGUGGUAAGAGUUCGCUUGAACGAUUUCGUCCUCAAGAACUGCUCUUUCUAUCCCUUAAUGGAUCUUAGCAUCGACAGUUCUCUGGUGGUGGAAAACGCUGGAACGAGCCAAUGGCUGGACGGUUUCUGUCAGUCUAACCGUAAUUCCGUCGACGGUAAAUGGCAAGAGUUAGAAGAGUAUUGGGGAGCCGAAAAAUAUCGUCUGCAGUUAGAAUUACAACUCCAAACACUUUCUAGCAGCCUCGAGCACCAAUUACUCUUCGAAGAUUACCUGAAACAACCCUCCGAAGUUCAAGAAGAUCAGGAAAACAAUUACAUCCACCUCACCGAUAGUUCUUACGUCGUUCGUGGAGAAGAUAUCAAAGAUAUUCCCACCAGUUAUGUCAUUAAAGGCCUCGAAGAUUAUGAAUUUCCAGUCGUCGGUACGUACGUGGACAGGAGAGUGGUACCGGGUUUCCGCUACCGGGUGCGUCUGAACCACAGCAAGACUCGGCUGUUCGGCGGAGAGGCAUUGACUCUGAAAUCCGUGGGAAUGGGAUAUGGAAAACGUGUAGUGUUCGAAGACAAAAAGCCAUUUUUGAUCGAUAACUACUUCUGGUCCGACACUCAUUCGGACGGUUACGGAUUUUCGUUGGUUGCCGUGGAGGAGGGCGACCGUUUCGACAUCAGACAGACGGACAACGGGGCCAGCCUGGGCACCGUCCAAGUAGUCGACUGUCAAGGGGGACAGCGAGAAAUUCGCAUGAAAAUUAACGAAGACGGGACUGUAGAGAAAACCGUCGAAGUGGAGUUCUGGGUUAACGUCGACUCUUCUCUGUGCAGCGAUUCUUGUUACAGAGUUUUGGGAGAAGUUUUGUUAGUCAAGUCGAAGAAGUGUCCUUCCGCUAAAGUGGUAAGAGUUUGCUUGAACGAUUUCGUCCUCAAGAACUGCUCUUUCUAUCCCUUGUAAAAAAACAGUUCGGUUGAUUUGUUCCUGUAUACACGACACCCGUUCUGUUAAACAUGUACUGUACAAUAGAAUUAAUAAAGUGUCCGUUAAGUUCUGCAAA